AUGGAACCAAACGGGCCAACAUCUAGUGAAGGUUAUGCUGCUGAUAUCUCUUCUAUCAGGCAAGCUCAAGUACGCAUCGAGCCCUUUGCGCACAAAACUCCUGUCCUCACUUCAGAAACUUUAAAUUCUAUUACUGGAAGAAAGCUCUACUUUAAAUGUGAAUGCUUUCAGAAAGGGGGAGCUUUUAAAUUCCGAGGGGCCUGUAAUGCUAUUUAUUCACUUGAUGAUGAUCGGGCCGCUAAAGGAGUUGUAACUCAUAGCAGUGGAAAUCAUGCUGCAGCUCUUGCUUUGGCUGCAAAACUACGGGGCAUUCCUGCAUAUAUUGUUAUACCAAUAAAUGCUCCAAAAUGCAAAGUUGAGAAUGUCAAACGUUACGGUGGUCAGGUUAUCUGGAGUGAGCCAUCGAUGCAGUCCCGAGAGGAUACUGCAAACAAGGUGUUGCAAGAUACUGGUGCUGUUCUUAUACAUCCCUAUAAUGAUAGGCGCAUCAUAAGUGGGCAAGGUACAAUAUCACUGGAGCUUCUGGAACAGGCCUCAGAGAUUGACACUUUAAUAGUCCCAAUUAGCGGAGGUGGUCUGAUAUCGGGAGUUGCAUUGGCUGCCAAGGCCAUUAAUCCUGCCAUUCGCAUUUUGGCUGCCGAACCAAUGGGAGCAGAUGAUGCUUUCCAGUCGAAGAUAAACGGUAGGAUCACUAAGUUAUCUGAAGUCAACACUAUUGCCGAUGGGCUUCGAGCUUUUCUUGGAGAUCUCACAUGGCCUAUUGUCCGCGAUCUCGUGGAUGACGUCAUGGUUGUUGAUGAUAAAGAGAUAAUACAAGCUAUGAGACUUUGCUAUGAAAUUCUAAAGAUUGCAGUGGAACCAAGUGGAGCUAUUGGCCUUGCUGCUGUUCUUUCUGAUAGUUUCCAAAAAAAUCCAGCCUAUAGUGAAUGCAAUCAUAUUGGUAUUGUAAUUUCUGGAGGCAAUGUUGAUCUUGGUGUGCUUUGGAAUUCCCUUGAUAAUUGAGAAACUCUGUAUUCAAGCAAAAGCAGAUUCUGAAUUUUGAACUUUAUUGGUUCGAGUUUGAAAUUCAACGACAAUUCAUUUGAUUUGCUGGGUUCAAAAUCAGUUACUAUUUGUAGUUAUUUAGUGAAUUUUUUAAUAUAUAUAUAUAUAUAUAUAUAUAUAUAUAUAUAUAUAUAUAUAUAUAUAUAUAUAUAUAUAUAUAUAUAUGUAUAGGGUUCAAUUCAAAGCUAUUGAGUUCUAAUGAACUCACAACUUGCACGCUACAUCCGUCCCCGGUGACAAGUGUUAUUCAAGUUAUCAUUGUUUUUGUUCUC